CCCAGAACUCUGUAAUGGAGGGGGAUUGUAAAAAUGCUGGUACUACUUUGUGAAGGGUACUUGGAGCUAAGUAUCAGAAAGAAUGAGAGAUCGGUUCUUCAUUUUAUGGUGUCGUCAAUCCUUUCUACUGCCCUUAUUUUCUGUUCAUCUCUUUCCUUCUCAAGUAGAACUCUUACAAAAAACCUCAAAAGGACGAUCUCGAGAAAGGCUUCUCUUGAUACCACCUAUCUCUCUCAACACACCCAUUGUCAUCCCAUCCUUGAGUACAUCCCACCAGUAUCUCUCUUGGCAAGCUGUAAAUCAAUAGAGCAACUCAAACAGGUCCAUUCUCGAUUGAUCACGACUGGUCUCAUCCAUGAUCCCCUCGAACAAUGUCGAAUCAUCACCUUCUGCUGCAGCCGUGAAACGGGUGAUAUGGAUUAUGCCCGCCUUCUGUUUGACAGAAUUCAAGAACCCAGUCUCUUUAUUUGGAACACAAUGAUCAAAGGCUAUUCUCAAAGAAAUUGCUGCAAUCUUGCUGCUUCAAUGUAUUUCCAAAUGUUACAGAAGGGUUUUUGGCCUGACCACUACACAUUCCCUUUCUUACUCAAGUCAUUCACUCGUGAAACAGCCUCUUGUUGCGGGAGAGAGUUCCAUGCUCAUAUCCUCAAGUUUGGUUUUGAUUCCAAUGCAUUUGCACAAAAUGCUCUGAUCCAUGUGUACUCUUCGUGUGGUCAUAUUGAAAUUGCACGUGGAGUCUUCGAUAGGAGCUCCAAAGGAGACGUGCUCGCUUGGAAUGCCAUGAUUUCCAGUUACAACAGGAGUAGAAAUUUUGAAGAAUCACGAAAUCUUUUCAUUGAGAUGGAGAAAGAGAGAGUAUUACCCACUUCAGUUACCCUAGUUUCAGUUCUAUCAGCUUGUGCUAAGUUGAAGGAUUUGAAGACUGGGAAGAGAGCUCAUCAAUAUGCCAACGACCAAAGGUUCAAAUCUAAUCUGACACUGGAAAAUGCUUUAAUUGACAUGUACGCAGCAUGUGGGGAAAUGGAUGUUGCGCUUGACCUGUUCCAGACCAUGGAAGCUAGAGAUGUAAUAUCUUGGACUACCAUUGUUUCCGGGCUUGCACAUUCAGAGCAACUUGACAGAGCUCGAGAAUACUUCAAUCAGAUGCCCCAAAGAGACUUUGUUUCAUGGACGGCCAUGAUUGAUGGGUAUUUACGGGCCAACUGUUUCAAAGAGGCAUUGGGGAUUUUCCGUGAGAUGCAGGCUGCAAAGAUCAAGCCGGAUGAGUACACGAUGGUUAGUAUACUCACGGCUUGUGCAAAUCUUGGGGCACUUGAAAUAGGAGAAUGGAUAAGGCUUUACAUUGACAAGAACAGGAUGAAGAUUGAUGUUUUUGUAGGGAAUUCUCUGAUAGACAUGUAUUCCAAAUGUGGGAAUGUGAAAAGUGCAUUAAAGAUCUUCCAAGAGAUGCCACAAAGGGACAAGUUUACAUGGACUGCCAUGAUUUCUGGCCUUGCUGUUAAUGGGCAUGGGAAAGAAGCUCUUGAUCUGUUUGCUGAGAUGAUUGACGCCUCAAUAAUGCCAGAUGAAGUAACCUACAUUGGUGUUCUGUGUGCUUGUACUCACGGAGGGAUGGUGGAUAAAGGAAGAGAACUCUUCUCUAGCAUGACAAUCCGCCAUGGCAUUAAGCCUAAUGUGGCUCACUAUGGAUGCAUGGUUGAUCUUCUUGGUCGAGCAGGACAGCUAAGGGAAGCCCUGGAGUUUAUAACAAACAUGCCAAUAAGACCAAAUUCUGUUGUAUGGGGUGCUCUUCUUGGUGCUUGUCGAGUUCAUAAGGAUGCAGACUUGGCUGUAAUGGCAGCUAAGAGACUACUUGAAUUAGAACCUGAAAAUGGAGCUGUAUAUGUUCUAGUGUCUAAUAUAUAUGCUGCUUGCAACAAGUGGGAUGAUGUGCGAAAAAUACGGAAAACAAUGAUGGACAGGGGUAUCAAGAAGAUCCCAGGUUGUAGUCUGAUAGAGAUGAAUGGUGGUGUUCACGAGUUUGUAGCUGGAGACCAGUCCCACCCUCAAUCCAUUGAGAUCUACUCUAAGUUAAAUGAGAUUACUCAGGACUUGAAGUUAUCUGGAUAUGUGCCCAACAUAUCAGAGGUCUUCCUUGAUAUUGGAGAGGAAGAGAAAGAGACUGCACUUUACUGGCACAGUGAGAAGUUGGCAAUUGCGUUUGGGUUGAUCUCUUCAGGGCCAGGGGUCACAAUUAGAAUAGUGAAGAAUCUGAGAAUGUGUGUUGACUGCCACCAUGUGGCAAAGUUGAUAUCUAUAAUGUAUAAUAGGGAAGUGAUAGUCAGGGACCGGACUCGCUUCCACCAUAUCACACAUGGUUCAUGUUCAUGUAAAGAUUACUGGUGAGAAUUUUAUAAAGCAAAUAUAAUUGGUUUUUGAUUUAUUCUUACUUCUCUUUCUAGAGUC